GAGCAGCAGCCCAGUUGGACAGACGACUUGCCAUCAUGCCAUCUCUCUGGGGUGGGCUCAGCUCCAAACCGUUCCUACAGUGCAGAUGGCAAAGGGACAGAAGGUCACCCCUUGGAAGAUAACUGGUUAAAAUUCAGGAGUGAGAACAACUGCUACCUCUAUGGUGUCUUCAAUGGCUAUGAUGGUAAUCGGGUCACCAACUUCGUGGGUCAGAGACUCUCUGCAGAAUUGCUGCUGGGCCAGCUACACGCAGAUCACAGCGAUGCUGAUGUGCGUCGAGUUCUGCUGCAGGCUUUUGAUGUGGUAGAAAGAAGUUUCCUGGAGUCCAUCGAUGAUUCCUUGGCAGAGAAGGCCAGCCUGCAGUCCCAGCUACCAGAGGGUGUCCCUCACCACCAGCUGCCGCCUCAGUACCAGAAAAUUGUGGAGAGAUUGAAGGCUGUAGAGCAGGAGAUCUCUGGAGGAGCUAUGGCUAUUGUGGCUGUUGUUCUCAACAACAAGCUCUAUAUCGCCAAUGUGGGUACCAAUCGGGCACUGUUAUGCAAGUCCACGGUGGAUGGGCUGCAGGUGACUCAGCUCAACGUGGACCAUACGACAGAGAAUGAGGAUGAACUUUUUCGCUUCUCCCAGCUGGGCUUGGAUGCAGGGAAAAUAAAACAAGUGGGAACUAUCCGAGGGCAGGAAAGCACUCGGCGCAUUGGAGAUUACAAAGUCAAAUACGGCUAUACUGAUAUUGAAUUGCUCAGUGCCGCUAAAUCUAAGCCCAUCAUAGCAGAGCCUGAAAUCCACGGAGGGCACUCGCUGGAUGGGGUGACUGGCUUCUUGGUGCUCAUGUCUGAAGGGCUCUACAAAGCACUGGAGGCAGCUCAUGGGCCUGGGCAGGCCAACCAGAAAAUUGCAGCCAUGAUAGCCACAGAGUUUGCCAAGCAGACAUCGCUGGAUGCUGUGGCACAAGCAGUAGUGGACCGUGUUAAGCGGAUCCACUGUGACACUUUUGCCAGUGGUGGGGAACGGUCAAAGUUCUGUCCCCGGCAUGAAGACAUGACGCUGCUUGUGAGGAAUUUUGGGUACCCCCUGGGUGAGAUGAGCCAGCCCACGCUGACACCAACGCAAGGAGGUCGUGUCUACCCAGUCUCUGUGCCGUAUUCCAGCUCCCAAAGCACAAGCAAGACGAGUGUCACGCUGUCUCUUGUCAUGCCUUCCCAAGGCCAGAUGGUCAAUGGUGCCCACAGCAGCUCAACUCUGGAUGAAGCCACCCCCACCCUCACUAACCAAAGCCCAACUGUGACGCUCCAGUCGACUAAUACUCACACGCAGAGUAGCAGCUCAAGUUCAGACGGGGGUCUCUUCCGCUCCCGACCCACCCACUCGCUCCAGCCAGAUGAAGAUGGGCGUGUGGAGCCUUACGUGGAUUUUGCAGAGUUUUACCGGCUUUGGAACAUGGACCAUGGCGAGCAGGGAGCACUGACUGUGUCCUAACAUGGAAAUCUGCCUCCUCCAGACACCCUGUGCUCGGCUGCAUGAGCAAAGACUGAGGCGAGAAUGAGAGCGUUCCACCAAGGGCUGUGUUCUGGCGAGAGUUAGCUCCUAUCCAGGAUGUGCUGAACACUGGGCUGGGAGCGCGUGCAGCGCUCUCUACAGACUUGUUGCCUGUGCCAUGCACCCAAUCCUGACCAACCUCGUUCCCUCGGAAGCCCUGUGAAUACGGGAAGGGGUCUUGAAUGCAACCCUCGCUGCAGAUUUUUGCAAAUAAAAAUGCAGAGAGGGCUCCCUCUGGAUAAUGCAAGAGUAGAGGCCUGUACAAAGGCUGCGUGUGUGCGCGUGUGUAGGUGUACGCGUGUGUGCCUGCGUGUGUGUGUGCUGUCAUAAUGUUUCCACAACUCAAUUCAUAAUGCUGUGAUUCCAGUGUUCAACUCCAUAGAAGAUACCUCUAUUUUGCAGAAUAAAUAACUUAUAGCUACACUCAUUGGCA